CAACAUGACUCGAUUCACACUUUUAAACUGUGCAGUAAUCAUCGCUACUUUCAUUUAUUUGGAAUCCGUUUUUUGUGCUCCACACUUCGAUUCUGCCAUCGAUAAGCGCAAGUACGACGAAAAAGCUCCGCUAUGGUUUGGUCCCCGAAUGGGCAGAAGAAAGAGAAAUCCCAACGAGAGUUACUAUAAAUAUUUGGAAACCGACGAAAUAAAUUCGAUUUUGGAUGCUAUUCAAGAAUCCCCCUAUGCAAUUGUGGUACUUAAUCCAGCGAAAAGGCAUACCGUUAAUUAUCAACCAAGAUUGGGUCGCGACUCCGGAGAGGAAAAUGACGAGUGGCUUCAGGAAGACCUGUUCGAAAAAAGAAUGAAUGAACGAUCACCGCCGUUUGCACCCAGGCUCGGAAAACGAAAUGCCCCUAUGCCUCAGCCAAUGGACCGUGAAAAAUAUGCAUUGUAAUGUAAAAGUUUACCUAAUAUUUAUUUUAUGACAAAUGCUAUAGGUAGUUAAAUAAAAGUUUGUAUAAACAGUAAGUAAAAG